AUGAGUAUUAAAAAAUAUGAUAUGUUUUCCUCCUAUUUUUUUUUUAAUUUGGGGAAUUAGUAAAAUAAAAAAGGAACAUUUAUUGGAGCACUACUGACUAUUGCUGUUAUAGCUUCUGCCUUAACUUACUUUGUUUAUCUUACGAUUUAAUAUUUUGAUAAUUAGAUUGAUCCAAAAUAUAAAUCCUAAAAUUUCAUAACUGAAGAUCUAGUAGAAGUAAACUUAACUAACGAUUUAGUAGGAUUUAGAUUUGAAUACGAUGUCAAUAAGAAUGUAUUAGAUUUAGAAGCCUAAUAAAACAAAACGUAUGUGGUUUUCAAAGCUUUUUUUAAUUACUAAAAUAGCACAUUUGCUAGCAUGACUCCUAUUGAUAUAGUAAAUUGCACUAAUCCAUAACUUGAAGGUUAUUUAUGCAUAGAUUUUUCAAAAGUUUCCAAUUUUACGCUAAAUAUCAACACAAAAAAUAACUAUAAGACAGCUUUAUACGUUUUAACUUAUGGUUGCUUAGAUAUUAAUGGCUUCUAAAAGACAUCUCCUUCAAACUGCGCUAAUUAGGAUGAAAUUAAUAAUAUUGUUAAUGGUGAGAAGGCUAGUUUACGUACAAAACUACUUAGUGCUUAAUUUAACACAACUUCAAAAUAAAAAUAAUCAAGCUAUAGAAAUAACUAUAUGUACACCUCAGCAGAUUAAGCUAUUGAGGUUUCCUAUAAAUUGCAAAAGCAAAUUACGAAAGUUAGGAAGGUUUUUUAAUACAAUCAACAAGUAUUUAUGAAUCUCCUUUUCAAUAUGAAUAAGUUUAUUCAACUAGUCUUAGGAAUUCGUCUGCAAUAUAAGGAGGAAUACUCCCAUAUGGAUAAUUAGUAGAAAAUAGCUAUUCCUUACUUCAGAGCUAAUAAUAAUUCUAUGUCUUAAAAAUUUUCUACUAUUAUUGCUAACGAAAAUGAUUGUUAAAGUUAAAUUAGUCCAAAAAGAGAAACUGAAUAACAAAAUUUAUAAACAGAAUAAGAAAAAAUAGAAUAGACGAUUACAAUUACUAAUUAACAUGAAAAAAGUGACUUUUUUGAUAAAUAAAUGGUUUAUGCAGAAAUAUAAUUAGGUAGACGUUUCUUAAAGUCCAUUCUUAAAAACAGCUUUACCAAAAUAAAAGUUUGA